CCUUCCCCGGUGAGCGCCGCCCCGCCCGCCGCAGCUCCCGCCGCUGAAUUUGCUCCGGUCCCUUAAUUGUUUCGCUCUCACCAAGAACUUUGUUUACAGUCCCUUGUGCAGCGCGCUGCAUCCCCCUCUUAUGCUUGCUCUGGGCUAGUGUCCGCCGCAGUCCCGUCCGGCGGUCGGGAGGAAACUUCCGUGCUAGAAUAUUGUCACCUCCAAUUCAUCAUUCGGCAACAUCUGACACUUCAAAGCCUGGAGCGCCUCUUUCUGCUGCAUGACGCUGCCUUGAAUUGACAUAUGAGACAUCUUAAGCAGUCUUCCUCCUCAGUCUUCCUCUUCUUACUGAGCCAAGGGAUUUGUUACGAUGCAUUUCUCAUGGACCUGUGCAAUGCGUAUUCAGGAGAGCCUGCUCUAGCCUAAGAAUUGAAGAAGUCAAGACAAUCAAGAUGACAAACGAACCUAUUAAAGAGAUCCUGGGCGCUCCAAAGCAUCCUGAUUCUGUAACCACGGAGAAGAGUAAUAACAAUGACUGUGUGAUAACCACCAUCCCUCUCGUCAGUGAAUGCCAGCUGACUGCAGCAACAGGGGGAGCAGAACUCUCCUGUUACCGCUGUACCAUUCCCUUUGGCGUGGUUAUCCUCAUAGCCGGCAUUGUGGUUACUGCUGUGGCAUACAGCUUCAACUCCCAUGGGUCGAUCAUCUCAGUGUUUGGAUUAGUCCUCUUGUCAUCAGGACUCCUUUUGCUGGCUUUGAGUGCAGUGUGCUGGAAAAUCAGGCAGCAAAACAAGAAAGCAAAGAGGCGGGAGAGCCAGACAGCGCUUGUGGCAAAUCAGCGAACCCUGUUUGGUUAAAGACAACCAAGAGAAGGUUGGACAGAAGACAGAACCUUUGUAAGUCAACUUGACUAUUUAUCAAUAGGAGAGAUUGCAGGCUUUAAUUUAACUUUGGAAGUGAACUGAGAUGAAAAUGGAAUGGAUUAAGAAAUACUCUUAAAAACUUUGCAAGUGCUCUUAAUAUUUUUCUUACUGCAGACUUGGUAGUGGCUCUUUCCAAGACAGAGGAAAAAACACUUUUCCUUCACAGAAAACAGUGUCGUCAUAACCGCAAUCAUCAUAACCGCAUUCUCCAACAUGCCGAUCAUAUUGGAAAGGGAACUCGUGAGAACUAAGAAAAUAAUUUGAAUUGACUUGCAAUGCCAGAAAUCUCCUUAAAAUACAUACUGUGACAUUUGACCAAGGGAGAAGUCAUAGCAUUUAAUGUGACUACAACCUUCUGGCCACAUUGCCUGUGACUUAAAUUGUAGCUCAAAAAAAAAAAAGGCAAUAACAACAAAACACACUGCGGAUUGCUCAAUAAGCUGUUUCUUAUAUUUUAUGUAACUUUCCCCUCCCAAUAUCUGUGGUACUUUCCCCCUUUUUUAAACCAACUAAUAUUAAUUUUGUGUUACUAUUGAAUAGAAAUAGGUAGAAAUGUGUAAUUAUGUUGUCUAACCUAAAUAACGAGGUAUGAUAAUAGCUUAAAACAUGAGACUUUUUUUUUUGUAAAUUAAGUGAUCAGGUUUAGCACUUUUUGAUUAUUUUGAUAUAGAAUUAAAGAGUAAAUUUCAUUAAAAUAAUAUUCAGUGCUGCUAGACCUUUAGAAAAUCUUUUUUUUUUAAAUUGCUGUCUAGAUAGCUUGUGUCUUCAACUUUGACUGCUUUAUGAUUCUAUUUUUGUAGAACACCACCUGUGACAAUAACUGUGAACAUAUGUACUGCUCAUCUCUUCCAAAAAUCUCUGUAGACUAUGCAUUUUGGUUCGCUAGCCCAUCCCUCCUGCAGCUUGAAAAAUCAUAACAGUCAGUUCUGCAGAUGCUACUGGCAUAGUCAGUUUUAGACAGAACUAUUAAUAAUUACUUGUGGAAGCAAAGUCAUCGGUGUACUAAGUGUUUGCUGAAUGAGGUUUGGGAUUACGAGUCCUUAUGAAAAGCAGGUGCCAGGUGUCCCCUAUGUGUGUCUGAGAUGUUUGAUUCUGUAAGUCUUUUCUAGAGGUCUCCCAGCUUUUCUCAGGUGAUGAAUAAUUGAGGGGCUGGUCCUAAAUUGAAGCAAACCAGAACAUUACUUCUUCAUUGAUAUCUUGAAGGACAAGUGAUGCUGAGACAAGUCACAGACUUCCACCCCAGCGUGUAUGAGGGUAUCAGAAGGCAGAAGGCCUGCAUGGAAUCCUCUUUCUUUCCUUUUUUUUUUUCCUUUCUCUCUUCCCUCCCUCUUACUUUCUCCUGACUCAAAAGGGCUGGAUGUGAUUUUUGUUUCCCCUGCAGCAGUAAACGAGGCCUGUGCUAGCGUGCCUCCUCUUUGCCCUCCGGAGCCUCUGGAUCCACCACGGCUGUGGCGGUGCUGAUGCAGAGCACACCUGCCAGGCAGGUGCCGCAGGGGACAGAUAGCCUUCUGCAGGUCAUCCUGGAGCCCUGCGCCUCUCCUGCUGAAACCACCCAGGCAUUCUGGCUUAGGUGCCGCCUUUUUCUCUCCCUCCAUGGUUUAAGCUUGUUACAUCCAUAACUUAUCCCCGGAUUUGCAAAGUGCACUUCGUGUUUUAAAUAGAGCAAGCUAUAUGUAUGGGAGGGGAUGUUUGGAGUCAGUAUUUGCGUUGCCACACUCCGUGGUUACCAGACGCUAUAAUAAAAUCACUUGCAUCAGAGGAAAGCUGACAACACAUUUUAGCACUUCCAUAGCCCUAACUUAAUCACGGCAGGAAGCUUUCCUGCUGCUAGGAGAACAUGUUGCGUCACCAGAACAUCUGACACCGGUGUCUAAUGUCAAUCACUUUGCUUAAGGUCAUUAAAAAUAUUAGGGUGUCCCCUUACGAUGUACAGGUUUUGCAUGAGUGACAAUUCAUGGGAAAUGCAUAGCAUGAUAAAUAAUGGAACAGGUGGACUAAAGUGGUGUCUUUCCUGUUUAAAAUGAGAAAAGUGAUUGACAUUAGCAAAGCUGGAUAAGCUAAAUAGGGCUGUUUAUUUUUUUUCCCCCUGGGAACACAAUAGUUAUUCUGACUCCGUCUUCCCUCUCCCCAUUUCUUUUUGCUCAGUGGAAUUUUGCAGGCUGCCGAGGAGAGAAUUGCAGGGGCUGUAGAGAUGCAGUGAUUUCCACUACGCAUGUGUAGCAGCUCAGCCCUGUGGUUCCAGGCUGAGCCCAGAGCAGAAGCACCCUGUUGCCCUCUUCAGAAGUCUUUCCCAUACAUGGGUCCUCCCUUCGCCAUUGCUGUGAUACGGGCGAGCUUGCGUGCGGCGUGUGGAAGGAAAGUAGCAGUGCAAGGUGAGGCUCUGCUCCAAGUCAAAAAAGAAAAGGCCAAACUCAGUGGAACAGAGGCAACGGGUUUUUGACAGCAGUUUUUUCAGAAAGGGUAGGUAAGAGCGAGCAAGAGCCGCUCAGCUACUACUAGAAGACAUUUCCUUUCCCUUAUCUCUGCUGUCUUUUAUAUUUGCACUGCAUAUACAAGGACACAGCAGAGUGCCUGCACCACCCUCUGCCUUGCUAAUUGCAUCUAGGCAUUAAGCAGCAUGUAAGCGGUGACAGACAGCAUUGCAAUGACCCUAGGUGUGAUCCCCAGCACGGAAAAGCUUCGGAUACAACAUGGUGUCCUGUACUAGCAGCGAACUGACAGGUUGAGAGGCCUCUCGGUAAUACGGGGCCUCCAUAGCACACACCGCUGAGCUCAGCAGCAUCAGCUGUGUCCUCGUGAGACAAAGUACAUGCACAAGCAUCUUCAUAUCAAGCAGUGAGCGAAAGUCUGCCCAGGAAUUCACUCGUGAUUUGUGUGCAUUGGUUUUGGGACAAUCUGAAGUAGUAGUAGCAUCUUUUCUGAUUGACCAAUGAUGACGUCCAGCACGAGUCUCACAGUGCAUGUUUCUUCCUGCAAAUCUACAUAUUACAGACAUUUUCAUUACUGUCCCCUCUCUCUCUGCACCCCUUGUCCUGGUUUCAACACAGGAAGAAUACAUUCUUUUUAUCCCUUAAGAAACAAUCGUUCUGGGAGAGGUGCUAUGUGAGUGCUGUGUGACAGGCUUAGCACCUUCAUUUUUCCAGAAACUGGUGAUAACGUCUUCUACAAGGGCACACUUACAAUGCUAUUACAAGGGUCAACCACCUCAAACUGGUCAUCUACAAACAGCAAAAUUUCAUCUUGACCUAAUCUGGUUCCCAUGACCUAAUCUGGAUUGAUUUGGGGUUUCAUGCCUGGAUGUCGGGUCAUGCAGUCCACCAAGCCUUUGACAUGAAGCCAUUUGGAACUCCACAAUUGCUGUUUGCUGUUUCUCAUGGGAACCUGAGAGGCAAAAGUCAGCCUGGAGGAUGCAACCCUGUGGAGAUCACAAUGACUUUCCAGCUCAGAAACACCUUCCCUUCUGGUGUGAAAAGGCUUUGAAUGUGGCAAAUGGUAUUUCGGUUCUGGGAGAGGUUGGGUGGGAGCUGAUGCAAAUUUUAUUGUCACAAUUGCUUGUCUCUCCCUUCCUGAAAGCUCUGGCAGCAUUGCGCAAGCAAAAUUGCCCUCACAAGGAUAGAAAAUUAUCUAAUAGGGGAAUUGCGCUGGUGCACCGGGCAAAUGUUACGGAGAUCUUAAAUAAUAAUUUCAAAACUUAAGCACAGGAAAUUGUGUAUGUAACUACACCCUGUAUUGCUAUUGUACACAAAGCCAGUUAUAGCCUGGGACAGUAUUUUAAAAUAAUAAUCAGUUUGGUAUGACAAUGCCUAGUAUUUGUUCAAGUCAAAACGCCCAAUUUAUGAUUCCCCAGUCACUUAACGUGUCAUGUUUUGUACGUGACUGUGGUUCUAAUACCAUAAUUUGCCAGGUUUAACAAAAAAAAAAAUAGAGAGAGAGAGAAAGGUUAGUUUUGUGGACUCGUGUCAAGAAUUAAGUUUCUCUGCCUUGGACACAUGGGAGAGCUCCUGUUACCAAACAACGAAUGUACAGUAUUAACGCAGCUCUACAGAACAGGAACCAGGCUCGGGGUAUGGAACAAAGAAAGGCCUGAGAGUGUCAUCAGGAUCCAGAAGGGUCAGGCCAGGAACUAGCCCUCUGGAAUAUCCCCUAUUCUUGCCUCAGUUUUGCUUAUCCAGAGUCGAAGUCCAGGGCUUCUGCUCCUUUAAUAUCUGAGACAGAGGUUGUUGCAUAUUAUUAGCAGGGUUCACCUGAUUUGUUUUUAGAACAGGCUCCAAAAUAAGAAGAGCAGAACAAUAUUGGACGCCAUCAUUUUGCAUUUGUAUUUUGAAAUACCUCUGGUGCCUUUAGAUUGUAGGAUGUUUUAGCUAUAUCAGUAUAAAUCUUUGUCAAUUACAAAGGGCUUUUAUACAUAAAAAUACAUUGACAUGUCAAGAAUUGCACUGUAUGAUGUAAAAAAUGAUAUAAAUCCUGGCAAAACUCUAUGUGUAGACUAAAUCUUGCAGGCUAAACCAUAUGGGAGAACAAUGGUCUUAAACUGCAGAAUCAACUUGAAUUUUUGGCUUUUAUUCAGGUUGUUGAUGUCACUAUUAACAUGACAGAGGACUUAAUCCUUCCUCUUGUGAGCAGCCAGUUGGAGUCCUAUUGUCCUAACUCAGUGCAUCCAAAAAUUUGCACUUAUGGCAAACAUGGCAUUUGUGAAAAACAUUUUUUUUUUCAUUGAUUGCUUUCACUUCAUAACUCUUCUGUGCGUUCUAGAAUAAGAGAAAAAAAAAGUAUUAAACUUUAAAAAUGGAGAAGAAAGGGGGAAAGAAAGAGAAGAGCAUACAACAGCAAAUGUUGGACACUGCGUAAAGUCAUGGAGGGAUAGUAGAGCUUUACACAAUUGCCUUGUUGAAAGACAGAGAUUUUUAAAAAUAUGUAAGUCUUGUUUCUGAUACAACCUUGUCUGUAUCCUCGGUUUCAUUCUUAUAAAAUGCCUGAAGUCUCCAGGCUAACAUCAGUCUUAGAUCUCACCUCAUAUUUCUUCUCCUUUUCUGUUUCCUAGGAACCAGUUAGCUCAGCAAAAGGCAGAAGUUUAAUUUCUUACCAUCAUUUGCAGUCUGACUGAAAUGAAAAUGGCCACUUGGGAUUUGCAGAGGCAGUGCCCCCCUGGUUCUGUAAGUUAUAAGGCAUUCAGCCACAGUCUACUCUUGAAGAGGAAGGCACUAUAGAGAGGUGAAAAUUUCUGUACUGCAGCAGGAGAUGUCAGUGAAUAUUCUAUUCAAAAAAAAAGGUAAAUAACACCAGAGCAGCCCUUCACCACCUCUUCUCAGCCACAUUCCCUUUCAAUCUGAAGGCCCGAGUUUGUGAAUAGAGUUAACAGCUUUCCUGGAAAACUGGCCCAUGACAUUAUUUCCUUGUGAACUCCAUCCACCUGUCAUGUUAGGGCUUGGUGCGACGCCAGCACUGGCAGGAAAUAAUAGGCAGCAGGAUGCUGGUGUGUGUCGAUGGCCCUGACCCUCCCAUUCCUGAACAUGAAUAAGCUUCGAGCUCACAAGGCGUCACAGCAGCGCGGCUUCUGGGCCCACAGAAACGCAUGGGUGGGAUGCACAGCCACUAAAAUAACAUCCAGCCGGCCGAGCCGCAGC